GGUAUCGUCUGUACUCCGUGUUGAAAUCCUCCGAGCUGAGCCGAAAAGCAAAUUCUUGUCGAGGAGCAUUUGAGAGAAGCACAUAUUAUUGUAAAUUUUACAACAGAAAUUCACAUCUAACACUUCUACAGUUUUAGCAAUGUCUACUCCAGCAAGAAGGCGACUCAUGCGGGAUUUUAAAAGACUUCAAGAGGAUCCUCCAGCUGGAGUUAGCGGUGCUCCGUCAGAAAACAAUAUCAUGGUAUGGAAUGCAGUGAUAUUUGGGCCAGAAGGAACUCCCUUUGAAGAUGGUACAUUUAAAUUGACUGUAGAAUUCACAGAAGAAUACCCAAACAAACCACCCACAGUCAGAUUCAUCUCAAAAAUGUUUCAUCCUAAUGUAUAUGCAGAUGGAAGCAUAUGUCUUGACAUCCUACAAAACCGGUGGAGUCCAACUUAUGACGUGUCAUCAAUUCUCACCUCAAUCCAGUCUUUGCUUGAUGAACCAAACCCUAACAGUCCGGCUAACAGCCAAGCAGCUCAACUUUACCAGGAGAACAAACGGGAGUAUGAGAAGCGUGUGUCUGCUAUUGUUGAGCAGAGCUGGAGGGACAGCUGACCUUACACUGCAGAGCACAAAACUUUGUGUGAUUGUAGUUUAGUUGAGUGAAUUGUUCUAGUGCACUUUAAUCUAAAUCCUUCCCUUUUUCCCUUGGAGAACUUGUGCUCAGCCAAUAUCACCUGGUCAUUUUCUGUUCAAAAAGUGACAUAUAUGGUGUCAGCCCAGAAACCUGGACUUUAUGAUAUAUCAAAGGGCCUUUUUUUGUCUCAAGAAGAACCAAACUGAAUGGACACGGUGCUGACCUGCCAUCCUUGAACUGUCCAUGCCCCAAUCGGAACUAAUGAUCCUGUUAUGCUGUUUUUGUGUGAUCUGUUACAUGCCUGAAAGUGUGGUGUUUUUCUAUUCCAUGUGUUAUUGAUUGCCUCGUGUACUAUAUUAUAAUAAUACACUUUAACUUUCAUGUACA